GUGUAGGCUGAGCCGUAUUGGAAGGAGUUUGAGUUCUACACGGGAGAUGCUGAGCUGGAUGACCAGACACGGCAGCUGGCGAUGCAAGUGGUGGACUACGCGCACACAGCGCAUGCCUUCGACGAAACGGUCAUGUUUGGGGGCAAUGCCUUUGAGAUGGAUAAUCUGAAAGUGGAGUUCAGGGACAAGUUCCACAACGUCAGCCGCAUCAUGGACUGUGUGGAGUGCGCCAAAUGCCGAAUGUGGGGCAAGCUGCAAAUAGAAGGGCUGGCCACGGCCAUCAAGAUCCUCUUCACCAACACCUACACCUCCGACGAGAUAGAGCCAGAGACUUGUCCAGCCGAACAGACAGGCUCGUCAAGCGCGUUCUCCAAGAAUCUCAAACUGCGCCGCAACGAAGUAGUGAGUCUGUUCCAAACACUGGAACACUUCUCGUACAGCAUCAAUCAAUUAGAGGGACUACGCAACAUGUACAUACCCGACCCCAAAACAAGAGAGCAGAGUAAACCCCCUCCGGACUUUGCCAAACCGGCAUUCGCCAUCGACGGUACAAAGGGAACCCUUUGAUGCCUGUCUGAGUAUAUGUAGUGACGGUGCCAAGCGGUCCAUGACCCGUCUGGGGCUGGGCAGGACAGGGCCAGAAAUAGGACAGGACAGGACAGGACCAUGGCUGGCAACGGGUGCAGAGUACACCUGAGGGCUGUGAGUUGCGCUGCAGCACACCCUUCUUGUUUGCCAUGGGAAUACGCCUGUAAUGUGUGAGUGUAGGUACUUAAACACUUACCAUGACCCCGAUCGGUGGGAUUUAGGACACAAAUACCGCACCACACGAAAGAGGGCGGGAUACAAAGAGGCGACAGGCGUUGUAUUGUAACCCUAAAACUCUAAGACCCUAUCUGAGGUCGUAUGUAGCUACAAUAAAAUAGAAUCGAUACGAACACACCACUGCCAAUUGGAG